CAGGACUCCUAUCCAUGCAUUCAAUUCAACACAUAUUCUCGCAAUCAAUAUUGAAAUCGCAAUUAUUUUAGUUAAAAAACUUUCAUUUUAACCAAUUUAACAAAAUUAACAAAAGGUGUAAAUCUAGUGUAAAAUGUCGUAUCAAAUAAUAUCUCGACAUGAGAUGCACUCAUUCAUGAGGAGAGCGAUGGUAUCCAUUGGAACCAAUGGUUCGCACGCGGAGUCUCUCGCAGAUGUGCUCGUAAUGGGCGACUAUAGGGGACACUUCAGUCAUGGACUCAACCGAUUGGAAUUAUAUUUGGAAGACAUCACCACUAAGUCAUGCAAAGCUGAAGGCGAGCCCACAAUCCUGAAGGAAUCCGGGGCUACGGCUUGGGUCGAUGGCAACAACCUAUUGGGACCCGUUGUGGGCAAGUUCUGCAUGAAUUUGGCCAUCAAAAAGGCCAAAGAAUCGGGCAUUGGUUGGGUUGUGGCCAAAGGAAGUAAUCACUUUGGAAUCGCUGGUUACUAUAGUCUCUUAGCACUGGAACAGAAUCUCUUGGGAAUGGCUUUCACUAACGCCUCACCACUUAUGGCUACAACUCGAGGAAAAGAACCAUUUUUUGGCACAAAUCCGUUAUCAUUGGCGGCUCCGGCCAAUAAUGGGGACAGUUUUGUGUUAGAUAUGGCCACUUCGGUCGUGGCGUUGGGCAAAGUCGAGUUGGCCGACCGUAAGGGCGAAUCCAUUCCUAAUAAUUGGGCCAUCGAUAAGAAUGGACAACAGAUAACUAAUCCCAAAGAUCUGAACGCAUUGUUACCGUUGGGAGGCGUCGAGAAAUCAAGCGGUUAUAAAGGCUAUGGUUUGGCCGCAAUGGUAGAGGUAUUCACUUCUAUACUAUCGGGCGCUACGGUUGCGCCUAAUGUGAGGAAAUGGGGGGACAAUCAUAAGACCGCUGAUUUGGGCCAGUGCUUUAUCGCCAUAAAUCCGGAGAUGUUUGCGCCCGGCUUUACCGAUAGGAUGUCUGCAUUGAUCGACUCGUGCCGUAAUCAAGAACCGGCUGCGGGUCAGCCCAAUGUGUUGGUGGCCGGAGAUCCUGAACGCGAACACAUGAAGAAGUGUGACUCCCAGGGAGGCAUCGCAUACCAUAUCAAUCAAAUUGAAUUCGCGAACCGAAUCGCAACACAACUUAACAUAGAGGCGCCCAAAAUACUCAAAUGAUUGCUCAAUACAUCUUUCAAUUUAUAAAAUUGUUUUUAUAAUUCUACUAAAAUUUGUAUAUUUUAUGAGAG